AUGGGACUCAAUCUCAGGGAACUGCGGAAUUGGGUGGCUCAUCCGAGACUCAUCAAACACCUUUUCUCCGCAUAUAGGCGUUACGUUCCUUCAGCUCUGGUGGCUGAAGUGUUGGCGGUUAAAGCAGCUAUGACAGCGGCAAUCUCCUCACAUGUCAGCAGCCUUCUGGUCUGUUCUGAUUCAAAGACCCUCAUUUCACUCUUGAAGUUUCAUGGACAUGAUGUGGUCCUGAAAGGUGUGCUCUACGACAUAAGAUUCCUGGGGCUCUCUUUCACCUCUAUCUCUUUUCAGUUUAUCUCGCGUUUAGCAAAUGUACAAGUUGACUCUCUCGCUAAAGCAGCUUUAGUUUCUAUGUCUGCACCUGCUACUUGUGUUGUUUGA